AUGACUACUGAGGUCUCGGCUACGCGGCUCUACCUGGGCAACCUUCCUCGCAAUGCUACCAAAGCCGAUAUCGAGGCUCACUUUGCGACUCAUGGCACCGGAGACAUCACUGAAGUGAAGCUUAUGAACGGCUUUGGCUUCAUCGAAUACAAGGAUCCUAUGGAUGCCCGCGACGUUGUUCCGGAUGGAUCCGACUUCAUGGGAGAGCGUCUCACCGUUCAAUUUGCCCGCGGACCGCGACAGAGAGAAAGCGGCUUUGGAGGCGGCCAUGAGCGCGCUCCACCACGACCUCGACGAACUCCGCACAGGAUGCAAAUAACCGGGCUUCCGAACGAAACCAGUUGGCAGGACCUCAAAGACUUUGCACGUCAACCCGGUCUUGACGUGGUGUACUCCGAGACGGGGCGAGAUUCUAAUGGCAGGGGUUUUGUCGAGUAUGAGACCGCUGCAGACUUGCGAACCGCUGUAGAGAAGCUUGAUGGUCGCGAGUUUAAGGGAAACCGCGUCCAGUGCGUUGCUGAUACUCAGCCUGAUAUGCCUCCCCGAGAGGGUCGCGGUCGUUCACGUUCACCUGGUGGUGGUGGCGGCCGACGGCCAUACAACAAUGCGCCUCCCCGAUUCGAUGAAUAUGAUCGACGCGGCGCGCCUCCUCGUGCUGGCUACAACGACCGCCGAGACCCUGGACCUUAUGGUUACCGUGAUCGAAGCCCAAGGCGAGAGUACUACGAUGAUAGGACGCGCUACCGCUCUCCUCCUCGAGGCCCUCCCCCCGUGGAAGAUUACCCGCCUCCCCGCGGCCGCUACGAGGACCCAUACCGCCGAGACUAUGCUCCUCCACCCCCCGACCCAUAUGCCAACGGUCGCCAAUAUGAGCGUCCCCCAAGGGACUUUCCUCCUCGAGAGCCAGCGUACGCACCCCGAGACGGGUACGCUCGCGAAUAUGACAGAGGUGGACGCUACUGGUAA